AAUGCUCACUCCAAAUAUCUCCCUAAGACCAGCAACAACACACAGAUAAAACAAACAACUCAUCAGUAGCAUGCAGCUUAAUUCUGGACAAUCCUGGAUGCUGAGGGCUCAGCUGAUCUCCAGAAAAAAAAAAGAGUUAUUUGAAUCAGAUCCUCCAAUUCCUGCAUUUCCCCCACUGCCUUAUCAAGUGCCCCUAAUCAAAGUGGUUCGAUCCCUGACCCCUGCAGUCUGUCCAAGUGUCCCCAAGAUACUGAACCACUGGUCUCGCACAGCCCGACAUAUCUCCACAAGCCUGUGUACAAACUGUGCCCCAAAUUGCUCCCGAGUGCGUGUGUUUGUCGAUGGAGUAGAAAAACGUGCGCUACUUGCUUGGCAGCCUCUGUACUCCCAGCAUCCGGUUUUGUACUCGCAUUAGCAGUCGCCUGUGUGACGUAAUUCUACAGCGACAGAAGUACUUCGUCCGUAGCGUAGAUGCUCUUCCUGAACGGUGUUGUAGUCUUGGCUUGUUUACAUUAGCCGCCAUCGACCAAGGUUUUGUGAAGAUGACGAACCAGAAACCCGAGAAUAUUAGCUCUGUUCCUCUUGAUGGGUUCAGCAACUUAAGGAUUACAUCUAUAUGGACCUUUCUCAUGUCUGUGCAGUGGUCGGAGCCUUGGCUCAUCGGGCUGUUGGUGUUUCAUGUUGUGUGUUUGUGCCUGACUGUGGUCACCUGCAGGUAUUACAGAGCUCAGAUAUGUCACUUUCUGCUCAUGGUUGGCCUGGUCUAUAGUGCUGAAUAUCUAAAUGAACUUGCAGCCAUGAACUGGAGGUCUUUCUCUAAUUUCCAGUACUUUGAUUCUAAGGGCAUGUUCAUAUCUUUGGUCUACUCUAUUCCUCUUCUGCUGAAUACCGUCAUCAUUGUGAUGGUGUGGGUGCACAGGACCUUUUCCACUAUGACUGAGCUGAAGACACUUCAGCUCAAGCGAAAGGCUCGCAGAGAGAAGAGAGAGAAGAAUGACUGAUCCCUUUACUUAUGUCCAAAAAUGGAGGAAUUAGGAACCAGUGUCUAACCAGUAUGCUAAUCCUGAGUUUUUGGAGAGGGAAGGCAGAUUCCUUCUUGUGACUGUAAAAGGAUUGCUCAUUGGUGUCGGGUCAGGACUGGAUGUGUGUUUCUGGUAACGGCUGUUGAAAAAUGCUGUUGAUGUUGUAAACUAUGAGAUUUUCUUUUUUUUUUGUUUAAUGUUGUUUUAAAGUAAAACUAAACAAAGAAAGAUAAAGUGUUUU